AUGGAUUGGAAUAUUGAUAGAAAAAUCUCUACUGUUACUGUUGAUAAUUGCUCCACAAAUGAUGUCAUGAUGACCAUGUCGAUGGAUAAGUUGAGUAAUACAUCACUUUUGUUGGGUGGUAGUUUGUUUCAUAUGCGUUGUUGUACGCAUAUUUUGAAUUUGAUUGUGAAAGAUGGACUGGAUGUCAUACGAGUGGGUGUAGAGAAAAUUCGAGAGAGUGUAGCUUAUUGGACAGCAACACCAAAAAGACAAAAAAAAUUUGAAGAAACAGUCAAUCAAUUGCGUAAUCCACAUACUAAGAAAUUAGGACUUGAUUGUGCAACUAGGUGGAAUUCAACCUACUUGAUGCUUCAGACUGCCUUAUUGUAUAAGGAUGUCUUUUCUCGGUUGAAAAAUAGAGAGCCCCAAUAUAAGACCGUGCUAAGUGAGAAAGAAUGGGAGUUUGCUAGAGAGAUUAGUGGGAGGUAUAAGAUUAGUGUAUUGGAGUUUUAUUUUAGAAAACUUUAUGGAGACAAAACUGAAGAUGAAGUUGAUAAGGUUCGUCAGAUUUGUUAUGAUUUGUUGCAAGAGUAUCAGCACUGA